UUAGAGGGAGGAAGAAAGAUGAGGCAAUUGAAAUUCUUGAGAGCUAUGAUUUGGGCGCUCGUAUCAGAUUGCAUGGUCUAAUUGAGAAAUCUCUUGUGUUCAUAUCAAAAUAUAAUACAAUUCAAAUGCAUGACUUAAUUCAAGACAUGGGUAGAUAUGUGGUGAACAUGCAAAAAGAUUCCGGAAAACCUAGUAGAUUAUGGAACAUUGAAGAUUUUGAAGAUGUGGUCAACAAUACUGGGAUCAUGGCAAUGGAAGCAAUAUGGUGUACUUAUGUUCAUAAACUAUACUUUAGCGAAGAGGCAAUGAUAAAUAUGAAAAGGCUUAGGAUAUUAUGCAUAUGUGAUGAGAAUGACUUAAGUAGGAUAACUUACUCCUCUUCGUCUGACUCCAAUUGCCAUGAUGACUCCAUUGAGUACCUGCCCAACAACUUGUGUUGGUUUGUCUGGCAUGACUAUCCUUGGAAGUUAUUGCCAGAAUAUUUUAAUCCCAGAAGACUUGUUCAUCUUGAUCUCCGGUGGAGUUCGUUGCAUCAUUUAUGGAAUGAAACAAAGCAAUUGCCGUCUCUACGGAGGCUAAAUCUAAGUUGCUCCAAAAGCCUGAAGAGAAUACCAGAUUUCAAGGGGAUGCCAAACUUGGAGUAUUUGUAUCUAGGGGAAUGUACGAAUCUUGAAGAGGUUCACCAUUCCUUGGGAUGUUCCAGAAAACUGAUCCACUUAAAUUUGAAUUAUUGUGAAAGACUUAAGAGGUUUCCAUAUGUUAAUGUGGAAUCUCUUGAAUCUCUGAAUCUAAGCUUCUGCUAUAGUUUAAAGAAAUUUCCAGAAAUCCUCGGAAGAGUGAAGCCGGAGUUAGAGAUUAAGAUGUCAAACUCUGGGAUAAGGGAACUGCCAUUAUGUAUCAUUCAUCCCCAAGCUCAUCUUACAGAGCUACAUUUGCAUGGCAUGAAAUAUCUUGUAGCUCUUCCAAGCAGCAUUUGUAAGUUGAAAGGUUUGGUGAAGCUAGAUGUGUCGAACUGCGCAAAACUUGAAAGCUUGCCAGAAGAGAUAGGUGAUUUAGGAAAAUUGGAGCAGCUUGAUGCCAACUAUACUCUAAUCUCACGACCUCCGUCUUCCAUUGUCCGGUUGAACAAGCUUAAAUUAUUGAAUUUUACAAAAGUAAAAUCAGAAGAUAGAUUGUUCUUUGUGUUCCCUCAGGUGAAUGAAGGGUUACUCUCAUUGGAAUAUCUGGAUCUCUGUUACUGCAAUAUAAAAGAUGGAGGACUUCCGGAAGACAUUGGAUCCUUAUCCUCUUUGAAAGUGUUGCAUCUCAGGGGAAAUAAUUUUGAGUAUUUGCCUCAAAGCAUAGCCCAACUUGGUGCUCUUGAAUACUUGUACUUAUCAGAUUGCAAAAGGCUUACACAGCUGCCAGAAUUUCCACAGCAAUUAUACACAAUAGAUGCAGAUUGGAGCAAUGAUUUGAUCUGUAAUUCAUUGUUUCAGAAUAUCUCAUUAUUGCAGCAUGACAUCUCUGUUUCAGAUUCCUUGUCACUAAGAGUGUUUACGAGUAAGGUGUUGACAUGGAAUAUUCCAAGUUGGUUCGACUAUCAGGGAAUGGGUACAAGUGUAUCAGUCAAUUUGCCUGAGAAUUGGUAUGAAUCAGAUAAGUUCUUGGGAUUUGCUAUAUGUUACACUGGCAUAUCUAUUGGUGACUUCACAGCUCAUUUGAUUCCCUUAUGUGAUGAUGGGAUGUCGUCGAUGACCCAGAAAUUUUCCUUAUCCAACCAUUCAGAAUAUAUUAAUGAAGAUACUAUUAAAUUUUUGUUGGUACCUCUUGGUGGCUUAUGGGAUGCAUCUAAUGCAAAUGAAAAAACACCAAAUGACUAUGGGUGCAUUGAGUUAGAUGAUUUUAAAGUAGAAGAUUUUUUUGAAGUAACACAUGAUUUUGAAGAAACAGAGGUUUUUGAAGUACCAGAUUAUUUUAAAUUAAUAGGUGAUUUUGAACCAAAGAGGAAAUUUGGAGUUCGUUUGUUGUAUAAAGAUGAAGCUGGGAUAAGGAAGAGCAGAUAUGAAGAAGAGGCAAGUUGCUCCUCUUCUAAGAAACAAAGGCAACUCUUGCAGCUCUUUCCCACAAGCCCGGGAUUAUAG